AGUGCAGGAAAAACAGUGCGCAUGGUAAACAUUCCGCCAAAAUGUUCAACUGACGUUAUAUAGUUAUUCCCUGUGCAUAAAUGUAAAGCUUAACAUAUAUUUGUAAUUCGUAACCUCGUUCCUGUGGUAAUGUGUUUGUGCCUAUGACGUGAAAUUAACGACACACGAGCAAGGAGUCGCCAGAAUAAGUUUUUACAGUCUUCGGUCAGGAGAAGUUGGAUUUUAUGUUUGUUUCGUCGUAAUUUUUACUUUUUAAAGAUUUUUAACUUAAUAUGGAUGAAAUACCGUCAUUUUCUCGUAAAGACUGUAAUGGCCGCGUUGAUGGAGAAAAGGUGAAGAAAAAGAAAAAGAGAAGUAAAACUACAGAGCAGCAUGAGCUCACUGAAAGUCCACAGGAACAGACUGAGAAACGCCGUAAAAAGAAGGAUAAGAGGAAAAACAGUAAAACUGAAUCUGAUGAUAAUCUGCAAACACAUACAGGCAAAAAGAAGAAGAGAAGAAAGCUGGAUAAUGAAGGCGAGACUUCAGUGUUGGAUGAUGGUGUCUCGAAUCAACAUGAAGCACAAACACAAGAACUUCAGGGUUCAAGGAAAGAGAAGACUUCUAGAAGAAAGAAAAAGAGAGAAAAGCUGAAACAGACAAACCGUGAAGACAUGACAAAAGAACAGACUGACAUCAGAACAGAGCAUGAGGAAGAGCCAAACACGAGAGAUGAGGAAAGCGACCCGCCUGAUGUGAUAAUUACUGCUGAAAAGCGCGAAAGUAAAACUCAAAAAAAUCAACUUGAUUCAAAGUUCCUGGAAGAACUGAAAGAAUUGUGCCCUAAAAUAAAAUUAGAAUCCCAAAGCAAGAGUUAUAUAAAAGAUAUAAUAAGGUAUGACCUGUCAAGGUUUAAGGAAUUUCGAAAACAAGGCAUCCAAAUGAGAGAUGGAAGAUUUUCCACUGCAGAAAAUGAAAGGUUAAAACUGAACGUAAGCAACUUUUUGGCUCUCACAGGAGUGAAAGAUGCUGUCAGGCUCUUUUUUCCCUGCCGGUACCCAAAAGAAGCAACGGCACUGAGAAAGUUGAAAAAGCAGCACAGGUUUUUUGAAAGGAUUGCGGAUGGAAUUCCCAGGUUUUGUGGUGAUGUUUACGAUCGUGGAGCGAAGGUCUAUGAUGAUAGAAACUAUAAGGGAACUUUUACUAAAGAAGAAGAAAAAUUACUGCUUAAAUAUUAUAAACGAUAUGGCAGGAACUGGCAAAAGAUUUCUGACAAGACAAGGCGAAAUUGUCGUGCCCUUGAGUAUCGGCUUUCACUCAUAGAUAAAAGAAGGGGACCGUGGAGGUCAAAGGAGGUGCAGAGGCUUUUAAGGGCUGUGCGAGAUCAUAUUUUAUCUGUGCUGAAGUCUGAAAACCCUAAUCAAAGGAAACCAAAAAGAGUCGAUAGAAAGAUACUGUACAAAAAUUUGCCCUGGACCAGAAUUGGUGAGACGGUUAAAACUCGAUGUUGGAUAUCAUGCAAAUCAAAAUGGAUGUCCAUACUCUCUGCUCGGAUGUCCUCAGGGACUACAUUUAAAGGCAGGAAAGCUCAGGAGGCCAAAAUCAAACUCAUUAAAGCAAUGUAUGAAUUGCAAGUGGAGGAUGCUGUGGAUAUUCCCUGGGAGGAUCUCACAGCUGUUUCCGGGGAUGUUCUUCCAUCAAACGUUCAAUCAAGGUGGCACCAGCUAAAAGUCUCCUAUGUGCCAGAUUGGAAAAACAAGUGUUUUGCAGACACUGUUGACUUUCUCUAUGAGAAUGUUUUGCCAGGCAUGAUGAAAGAGUGCGAAGACCUUGAUGAUGAUGAUGAUGAUGAUGAUAAACUUAAGGUUGACCAGAUGAAAAGUUUCCGGCUAGCAGAUAUUUUUCAAGACAUUAAUGAGGAUGAAUGCUGUGACAGUGAUGAAGAAACUGUCCAGCAGGAGAAAAACAGCUCUGCUUAAUCAAUUGCAGUCAGUGGAAAUAUUUUAAUGUUUUAAAGAAGACAUGUUCAGGUUGUACAUAGUUGCCUUUUUAUUCUCGUGUGUUUUAAUGAACUGGGCAGUGAGUAAACUGCAGUUUUAUUGCAUUUUAAAUGUAUUCUGGAUAUGAAAUAUGAUUCAUUUUGUUUGUUUAACACUUGUUUUUACAUUCUUAACAACAUGGAAACUCACAAGGAAUUAUCCUUUCUUGUAAGAGCAAACUAAAGAGCCUUGGAGGACGGCUGUCCAUUUUGUUCAUGAGCCUUUCAGAGAUGUGAUCUUCUAAGAACACUUUUUAACACAGGGCUAUGUUUUAUUUUUGGUUUUUCUUUAUUAAUAAAAAUGUUCAUUUGAAAACUGCAAGAAGUGUUUACUUGGGUUAUCUUUAAUCAAUAUUUAACCCUCUACCGCAUGGUGUUCCCAUAUGUCAACAUGAUACUUAUGUUCAUUUCCCUGCCACUGUUUCUUUAAGACCAACGUUACAUUUUUUUGUUGGAAAGAGAAGACCUUAGUGUAGCCAAUGAUGUGCUUUGGUUAAGUCACAUGACAUGCAGUGUUUUUCUGUAGCGCGACUGGUGUUUAUUGUCAGUAAUUGCUGAAUGCAAAUGUAAAUGUCAAUA